UUUGCCUGCCACGUAGCUAGCAAUUGAUCUAGACUCCAUGCAACAUUGUUGCACACUUGUUAGUCAGGCUUGUCUAUUUAGUUUUGUACUCUGGAUUUAUCUAUCUAUCCAACCAGCAACCACUGAAAUGUUACUCCUAUCUUUUUGGUCAAUUGUUUCGUGCUUUUUGUAUGUGAAUGGCGCUAAACUACCCGAACCAGAGGUGAAAAUUGAGGUUUUACAUAAACCCUUUAUCUGCUUUCAGAAGUCGAAAUAUGGAGACCUACUUCUUGUGCACUUCGAGGGAUUUCUGGAGAGCAAUGGCACCAUGUUUCAUUCCAGCCGUAACCACGGGGAUAAACAGCCAGUGUGGUUCACCCUGGGGAUCCAAGAGGUGAUCAAGGGUUGGGAUAAGGGGCUGAAGAACAUGUGUUCAGGAGAGAGGAGGAAGCUCACUAUCCCCCCAGCUCUGGCCUAUGGCAAAGAGGGAAAAGGCAAAAUCCCCCCCGAGAGUACGUUGAUCUUUGACAUUGAGAUCAUGGAGAUUCGGAACGGUCCCAGGUCCCAUGAGUCGUUCCAGGAGAUGGAUCUCAACGAUGACUGGAGGCUCUCCAAACCAGAGGUGAAGGAGUACCUAAGGAAAGAGUUUGAAAGACAUGGCUACCAUGCUAAUGACACGCAUCAUGAGGCGAUGGUGGAGGACAUCUUCAAGAAGGAGGAUGAGGAUGAAGAUGGAUUCAUAUCUUCUAGAGAGUUUACCUACAAACACGAUGAGCUGUAGAAGUCUGAAUUUUAUAAGGUUGGUUUACAGUAGAUCAAGCGACAGUCUGUGGAUAACGUGUCGUUAGCCCAAGUAUAAACCAGCCUUUACUCCUAUUAACAUGUCAUUUCAUUUUCACUAUGUUCAAUCGGUCUUGAAUUUACAAUUAAAGUGUUCUGAGGAGCGCUCAGGGUUUACUGGCAUAUAUAUUUAGGAGAUUUUUGUAUUUUUCAGGGAUUUGUGGGUAUGAAAUUGCCUUGAAUACGUAUCAUAGAGAACACUAAGUCCAUCCACCGCAUUUAUGCCCAAUGUGACCCAUGUACAGUUAUUUAGAUUCAUUUAAAUGAUUUUCUGUAUAGACACAUAGUCUUUAGUCUUUAGUUCAAGUACAAGGCUGAUGGUGAAUGAUGGGGUCACCAGUUGGUAAAGUAUCAUACAGUAUUUCUAAGAAUAUCUGUUUGUCAGCCACUGAAAUAAAAUGCCUUUUCAUAAAACUC